AUGAAAGUGGAUAGGUUUUACAUUACAGAAGGUGUCCUUAUUAAGGGUUUUGAGCUCGCUGUGGUGUUGCUGCCGCUUCAAGGUUUCCUCCGUCGUCGUCGAUCUCUCAAGCCACCGGUAACAAUGACCAAGAGGACGAAGAAGGCUGGAAUUGUCGGGAAAUAUGGGACGAGAUACGGUGCCAGUCUUAGGAAGCAAAUCAAGAAGAUGGAAGUGAGCCAGCACAGCAAAUACUUCUGCGAGUUCUGUGGCAAAUAUGCUGUUAAGAGAAAGGCUGUUGGAAUUUGGGGAUGCAAGAACUGUGGUAAAGUCAAGGCUGGAGGUGCCUACACUAUGAAUACGGCUAGUGCUGUGACCGUGAGGAGUACCAUCAGAAGGCUGAGAGAGCAAACUGAGAGCUAG